UUCCCCUUCCUCCCUGCCCCCACCUCUGCCCCCAACAGUAAGGAGCGAAGGGUGACAACAAACCAAAGCGAACUGGGAAGAAAAGAGCUGGAAUGAUCUGCAUUGUCACUAAUCUAGCUGAUUCUAUGGGAGCUCUAGGUUUGGGAGUGACCAUGGCCACUGAAGAGUCCAUCAUCCGCAUCCCCCCUUACCACUACAUACACGUGCUAGACCAGAACAGCAAUGUGUCCCGCGUAGAGAUCGGACCAAAGACCUACAUCCGGCAGGACAAUGAGAGGGUACUAUUUGCCCCUGUGCGCAUGGUGACUGUGCCCCCACGCCACUACUGCACAGUGGCCAACCCUGUGUCCAGGGAUGCCCAGGGCUCCGUGCUGUUUGACGUCACAGGGCAAGUACGACUUCGCCAUGCUGACCUGGAGAUCCGACUGGCUCAGGACCCCUUCCCCCUGUACCCAGGGGAGGUGCUGGAAAAGGACAUCACCCCUCUGCAAGUGGUCCUACCCAAUACUGCCCUCCAUCUUAAGGCAUUGCUGGAUUUUGAGGAUAAGAAUGGAGACAAGGUGGUGGCAGGAGAUGAGUGGCUGUUUGAAGGACCUGGCACGUAUAUCCCCCGGAAGGAGGUGGAGGUCGUGGAGAUCAUUCAGGCCACGAUCAUCAGACAGAAUCAGGCCCUGCGACUAAGGGCCCGCAAAGAAUGCUGGGACCGAGAUGGCAAGGAGAGGGUGACAGGAGAAGAAUGGCUGGUCACCUCCGUGGGGGCAUAUCUCCCAGCAGUGUUUGAGGAGGUUCUGGAUUUGGUGGAUGCUGUGGUCCUUACAGAAAAGACAGCCCUGCACCUCCGUGCUCGGCAGAAUUUCCGUGAUGCGAGGGGAGUGGCCCGACGCACUGGGGAGGAGUGGCUGGUGACUGUGCAGGAUACAGAGGCCCAUGUGCCAGAUGUCCACGAGGAGAUGCUAGGGGUUGUGCCCAUCACCACUCUGGGCCCUCGCAACUACUGUGUGAUUCUCGACCCUGUCGGACCAGAUGGCAAGAACCUGCUGGGGCAAAAGCGUGUAGUCAAGGGAGAGAAGUCUUUUUUCCUCCAGCCAGGGGAGAGGCUGGAACGAGGCAUCCAAGAUGUAUAUGUGCUGUCAGAGCAGCAGGGACUGCUGCUGAGGGCCCUGCAGGCCCUGGAGCAGGGGGAGGAUGAAGAGAAAGUCUCACGCCAGGCUGGGGACCACUGGCUCAUCCGUGGGCCCCUGGAGUAUGUGCCGUCUGCCAAGGUGGAGGUGGUUGAAGAACGCCAGGCCAUCCCUCUGGAUGAGAAUGAAGGCAUCUAUGUGCAGGAUGUCAAGACUGGAAAGGUACGUGCUGUGAUCGGAAGUACCUACAUGCUGACCCAGGAUGAGGUCCUGUGGGAGAAAGAGCUGCCUCUUGGGGUGGAGGAGCUCCUGAACAAGGGGCAGGACCCACUGGCAGACAGGGGCGAGAAGAACACAGCCAAGACCUUUCAGCCCUUGGCUGCCCGGAACAAGACCCGUGUGGUCAAUUACCGCGUUCCCCACAAUGCCGCCGUGCAGGUGUAUGACUACAGAGAGAAGAGAGCUCGCGUGGUCUUUGGGCCUGAGCUGGUGUCACUGGGUCCUGAGGAGCAGUUCACAGUGUUGUCUCUCUCAGCUGGGCGGCCCAAGCGCCCCCACGCCCGCCGAGCGCUUUGCUUGCUGUUGGGGCCUGACUUCUUCACAGAUGUCAUCACCAUCGAGACAGCAGAUCACGCCAGGCUGCAGCUGCAGCUCGCCUAUAAUUGGCACUUUGAGCUGAGUGACCGGAAUGAUCCCCAAGAGACGGCCAAGCUCUUCUCAGUGCCUGACUUCGUGGGUGAUGCCUGCAAGGCCAUUGCAUCCCGGGUUCGGGGGGCUGUGGCCUCUGUCACCUUUGAUGACUUCCAUAAGAACUCAGCCCGCAUCAUUCGCACUGCUGUCUUUGGCUUUGAGAACUUGGAAGCCAAGGGCCCUGAUGGCAUGGCCUUGCCCAAGCCCCGGGACCGGGCCAUCUUCCCUCAAAACGGGCUAGUGGUCAGCAGCGUGGAUGUACAAUCAGUGGAGCCUGUGGACCAGAGGACCCGGGAUGCUCUGCAGCGCAGUGUCCAGCUGGCCAUUGAGAUCACCACCAACUCCCAGGAGGCAGCAGCCAAGCACGAGGCUCAGAGGCUAGAGCAAGAAGCCCGUGGCCGGCUUGAGAGGCAGAAGAUCCUAGACCAAUCAGAAGCUGAGAAGGCUCGCAGGGAACUCUUGGAGUUGGAGGCUCUGAGCUUGGCUGGGGAGAGCACUGGGAUUGCCCCUGUUGGACAGAGGAGCAACUGGCACAUAGCUGAGGACCAGUAGUUUCCCCAAAGCCACAAAGUUAACCAGCUGGGGGCAAAGUCAGUCUUCAAAUGUCACAUUCAAAAGCUCCCAUGCUAGCCAGGGUGGUGGCUCAUGCCUGUAAUUCCAGCACUCUGGGAGGCUGAGGAAGGCUGAUUGCCUGAGCUCAUGA